AAGCAGCACCGUGUGUGGGCUAUCCUCCUCUCUCUCGGGAAUAACCAGACUAUUCAUGAAAACAAUGCAAGCUUUAGCAAACGUUCUCACUCUGUAUUCUGAGUAAAAAGCGUUGCCACAACUGAGGUGGCGCUUGCCACCCAUUGUAACGAAGGUGGACAAAACGUCAAGGGCAAGAAUUUUUACAGCUGGUAUAAAAAUGGAGCCCGCGCCUGUCAAGUGGCGCUCUCGCCCAAGAUAAAAUCCCACGGUUGCCCAAGAGCGUUAAACCUUUCAGGAUUAGGGAGGGGAGCAGACAUGGCCGACUCGCUAAGGAGGCUGGUGAACACAUCUUCCCUCAGCGUUAUGCAGGACAAACUUGAGUGCUGGUACAAGGACUACCAUGUCAUCUCCUGUGACCAGAAUCUGAACAGGUGCUGUGAGUUGGUGGAGCUCACCUCCAAGAUACAGGGACAACUCUUCACCAUCCUCAACCUCACUGCUAGAGAGGGUGGUCACUAUGCGGGAGUGGACGUGCUCAAAUCACGUCUGCUGCCAUGGCUGGGGACCUGCUUCUCCAUGGCAACCUCCUCUGUCACCAAUGACACAAGCCUCAACCUCAUUCAGGAGUCUGUGGAGAAGGAAAGGAAGAUCAGGGAGCUGUCUGCCUCCCAUGAGAACGACAUGCAGAAGAUGGAGACUCAGCUGUGCUCCACUCGCCUGCAGCUGGAGUCUAUCAAACAGGAACUGGCGGAUACUCAUCUGCAACUGGAUGACACCAAAAACAUGUCAGCCACAACUCUGCUGGCCACAGAGGAUGAGAUACUACAGCUGAAAGCAGAAUUGCGUGCGGCCUGUGACCAGGUGGAGACCUACAAGAGGAAGCUGAAUAUUCUGGAUGACUAUGAGAGGCAGGGGCGUCUGCUGAGGGAUGAGGUGUCUUUCCUUACAGCAGAGAAGAGCAUGCUGCAAGAGAGGUUGGUGAGGAGUCGUUCCCCCAGCCCCCUGCCCAGACGUCGCCACCACUCCAGCCCCCUGAGGAGUGAGUCUCCCACCCGGGCCCAGCUCACCAACUCGUCCCGCCACGCACGACUUGUGUCCCGCUUCAGUGACCUGUAUGCUGUGGAGCGCCUGGAGGCCCAGAGCCUGCUAAGACAAUACAUAGACGACCCGGAGAUGGUCCAGAUAAUCAUCUUCAUUGCCACUGUGGAGGCCUUCCAGGCAGCCAAGCUGGCCUACCGCCAGUUCAAGCUGCGUGUGAGGAAGACCCUGUCUCCCUCCCACCUGGGGCCAGAGAUCCUGGAGGACUCAGUGGUGGACUACAUCGUCAGGAACCUGGACCUCUACGACGUGCAGGCCAGCAUUAAUGAUGUGAUCAACGCCAUGAAUGUGAACCCACGGAUCUCCUUCCCUCCAGAGGUGGACUUUGUCCUAAUCAGCAGUUUCAUCAGGGAGACAUGCAGAGUGGCGUUUGCAAUGCAGACACUGGACCCUCCUCUGGACUUGGCCUUUACCAGCGACCGAGAACUCUACAGCGACAACAAGUAUCGUCGUAGCUAUGACUCUGAGUUUACUGCUCCUCUGGUGGUGUACCAUGUGUGGCCAGCGCUGGUGGAGGGGGACUGUGUCAUAGUGAAGGGAGAGGCCGUCACCAGGAGAGGAGCUCUGUGGCGGAGCAGAAGCAGGAGCUACAGUCCUGUUCGUUCUCACUCUGGCAGCCCCACACGCACUCUCGCCUUUAGCCACAGCAGAAGCCCCUCUCCUGGACGUCUCUCAGCCAGUCGCCUCUAAACCCUGACUGACCACUGAUCUAUGAAAAGGAAAAGAGAACACUCUACACAUCUAUUUCAUGUUUGCAACAAAGUCUGAUUUUGAACUUUAA